GGAAGGAACAGAAAAAGGUGGCAUGACGUCCCGGUCUCUGACUUUGAGGUGAAACGGGCGCGGCGUCAGUUUUGACGGACCAUCGUCACGCUUGUCGCAAAGCUUCAGUCAAUGUUUCUCCCACAACUGUCGACCACCAGUCGCUGCCGUACUGUCGGCCGGCUAUCUCGACUCGCCUCUCGUAGCUAUACACGCCCGUCAAUAGCCCCUAAACCGACCGUCGACAUCAGGCACAUCCGUAACGCGCCCGGUCUAUACGAGCAAAACUGCAUCGCCCGCAACUACAAGCAGCAAUCAAAAAACUCAUGGCGCAUCCUUGAGCUACACGACAAGCUGCAACUGCAGCAGCGACACUCCCGCAACUUGCGCGAACGCAACAACUUCCUCCGCCGUCAACUGGCAAACCCGGCAACCAGGCAGGACCCUGCUCUGCUGGAACAAGCUAAACAGCUGAAGACUGAGCUCGCCGACAUCGAUGCACAAGAUAAACAGAUCAACGUUGAGAUUGAAGAGCUGGCUCUUGCCCUGCCCAAUCUGAGCAGUCUGGACACUCCAGAAGGCGACGUACCUUCCGUAAAGGAGUACAUCAACGAGCAUCCCGACCGCACUCCCUCGCCCUCAGAUCGUGUCUGGCGCAACCAUGUCCACGUCGGCUCCGAACUUGACAUGCUGGACUUCACCGCCUCAGCUACCACUUCAGGCUGGGGCUGGUACUUCCUCAAGAACGAAGCCGCCCUCCUCGAACAAGCUCUGAUCCAGUAUGCUCUGAGCACAGCUAUGAAGCGUGGCUGGAAGGUCGUCUCUCCUCCCUCGAUCGUCUACUCUCAUAUCGCCCACGCCUGCGGCUUCCAACCUCGCGAUCAAAACGACGAGCAACAAAUCUACGCCCUCACCCAACCAGAAAAAGACAAGAACAAGCCCUCCCUCUGCCUAGCCGGAACCGCCGAAAUCCCCUUUGCAGGCAUGAAAGCAAACACCGUCAUCGAAGAAGCAGACCUCCCUCUCAAAAUCAUCGGCGCAUCCCGCUGCUACAGAGCCGAAGCUGGCGCCAGAGGCAUUGACACAAAAGGACUCUACCGCGUCCACGAAUUCACAAAAGUAGAAAUGUUCGCUUGGACGAUGCCCGAUAACGUCGGCGAUGACCAUUUCUCCGAACCCACACCUUCAUCCUCGGAAUCUCUCUUUGACGAAAUGGUCUCCAUCCAAAAGGAAAUCCUUCAAAACUUGGGCUUGCAUUGUCGUGUUUUGGAAAUGCCAACCACCGAACUCGGCGCUUCCGCCACCCGCAAGAUCGAUAUUGAAGCUUUCUUCCCCUCGCGCAGAGAAAAAGAUGAGGGAUGGGGUGAAGUGACAUCCGCAUCCAUCUGCACGGAUUACCAAACCAGACGUCUGGCCACCCGCGUCAAGACUGAAAAGUUCGGCCGCAAGCAUGAGUGGCCUCACACUGUCAAUGGUACUGCUCUUGCUGUACCCAGAGUGCUUGCUGCUAUUAUGGAAGCGGGUUGGGAGGAAAGCAGUAAGAGUAUGCUUAUCCCUGAGGUAUUGAGGCCGUUUAUGGGUGGAUUGGAGAGGAUCGAAAGGGCUAGUCGUAUUAGUAUCCAGUAGAGGUUCUUCGUCCUCUCUUGGAAUUGUGAUGGGUCUUUACAUCGCUUUUUUCGUAACUUUCACUUUUCGUAAUACUAGACCUGCUUUACUCUUCGUUUUUCAUCAAUGAUCGGGCCCAUGAAGCCACUCCGAGGGCCGAUUGAUUCUUGCCUUUUUCUUGCACGCAUUGCGGAAUUACAUACACACCGCAUGCAUGCUUUCACAUGUGAUAA